AUGACCACCCCCCUUGGCGACUCAGUCAACCAACCCUCAGCCCAACCACCCACCCCCAAAAAACUCCAAGGCCGCACAAUCGACCUCAUCCACCUAUCCCCCUCCCACACGGAGGCCCUCUGGUCCCUCGUCGGCGGAACUUCCGACCCCACCAAAGCAUCAGCAUGGACCUAUCUCCCAGAAGGCCCCUACCCAGAGACUGACUUCGACAAAUUCCAAGUCUCAGUAACUACCAAAUGCAACUCCACCGAUCCCCUCUUCUACGCCAUCGUCGAUAAAACCCAAAAAGUCCUGGGCUGGAUCACUUUAAUGAGCAUCGUGCCUGAGCAACUACGGCUCGAAAUCGGGUGGGUGUUGUUUUCGCCUGCGUUACAGCGCACGACAGGCGCGUCAGAGGCGUCCUAUCUACUGCUUAAGUAUGCGUUCGAGGAGCUGGGGUAUCGGCGCGUGGAGUGGAAGUGUAAUGCACUGAAUAAGGGGUCGAGGAGGGCUGCGGAGCGGCUUGGGUUUGUGUUUGAGGGGGUGUUUAGGCAGCAUAUGGUUGUUAAGGGGAGGAAUAGGGAUACGGCUUGGUUUUCGAUGUUGAGGGAGGAGUGGGAUGGUAGAGGUGUUAAGGAGGCCUUGGAGGGUUGGCUUGCGGAGGAUAAUUUUGAUGAAUCUGGGGCGCAGAGGAGGGGCUUGGAAGCUAUUAGGGAGGAGCUUUUGGGUAAGAGUACUAAGAAUUAG